GAGGCCAAUCCUAACGUCCCACUUAAUUCUCCUUUUUUUCUUACUUAUACAGCAAACUUUCUCCGCAAGGAAACCUGGCACCGCUUAAUUAAAGUCUUGCUAUAAUUAUCUUUCUUUACUUGUGAUUCCUUCUCUCUUACUGCUAUUUUUGGGUGGUUAAUUUGGAGGUCCAAUCUGUUCUCUAAAAGAAGGAGAAUAAGAAGAUGGCUAGUUUGAUUACCAGUGUUACUAGCAUGCUCCCUCCAAACCCAAAAUCCUCUGUUUUUGGGCAGCAAAGAUCUCUCUUUCUGUCCAGAGGAAGAUCCAAGAAAAAGAAUCAAGCUACUGUUCCUGUGGCAAGACUGUUUGGACCAGCAGUUUUUGAGGCAUCAAAGUUAAAAGUUCUGCCUUUGGGAGUGGAUGAGAAGAAGCAUCCAGGGAACCUGCCGAGAGUUUAUACUCUCACACAUAAUGAUAUCACCUCCAAGCUUACUUUGGCCAUAUCACAAACCAUAAAUAACUCUCAGUUGCAGGGGUGGUACAACAAAUUAUACAGAGACGAGGUGGUGGCAGAAUGGAAGAAGGUUAAGGGGAUGAUGUCUUUACACAUUCACUGUCACAUAAGUGGAGAACAUUUUCUCCUUGAUUGGUUUGCAAGAUUCAGAUAUUUUAUCUUCUGCAAAGAACUCCCCGUGCUGAGUUAAAUCUCACAAAAGAAAAACUUUUUCAGUGUUUAGUUUUUUUAUUUACAAGAUUUGAUAUUUAGAUUUUACUUAAAAGAAAAUAAAUUUUUUCCAAUAAGAGCAAUAGAUUUUU